UCUUUAUUUAUUUUUUUCUUUUUCCCUUUCGCGCCUCCCUCCCCGUUCGCGUUUUUAAUCUUCACCCACGUCGCUUCAGUUUCCUAUUUCGAGAAGAACCAAAACCACAACCCUAGCUCCGAUCGCAGCUCGGAGAAAUCGCACAGCGGAGACGAGAGGAAGAGGAGGAGGAGGAGGAGGAGGAGGAGGAAGGAGAGGAGGGGGUAGUCGAAGAUGUUCUACUCGCACACGUUCCUCGCGCGUAAGACCCCACUGGGGACGGUGUGGAUCGCGGCGCACCUCGAGAGGAAGAUCAAGAAGCCCCAAAUCGACAACAUUGACAUCCCCUCCUAUGCCGAAUGCAUAAUGUUUCCUGAAGUCCCAAUCGCUCUGAGACUGUCGGGGCAUCUUCUUCUCGGCCUGGUGCGCAUAUACUCAUGGAAGGUCAAUUACCUCUUUCAAGAUUGCAACAGAAUGCUCUCAGAUAUAAGGACGGCAUUUGCCACCGUGCAAAUUGAUUUGCCAGUUGAAGCCGACCAUGCUCCAUUCGAGUCUGUCACAUUGCCUGAGACAUUCGAACUCGAUGCAUUGGAGUUGGAUGAUUCAGUCUAUCAAACAGAUGGUCCAGAUAAUCACCGUAAAACUUAUGAUCAAAUUACUCUAACAGACAACACUUCUGGUGGAGAACAGUAUGUAGCUUUCAUGAUUGAUGAGGAUAAUAGGGUGGAUUCAGUAACUCAACCAGAAAUCUCAAACACUGGAGCUGCACUAAUGGAUGAGGACAUAUUGCCUCCAUUUGAGGGCAGUUUAGAAGCGUUUGAAACUCCAGUUCUAAAUACUGAAAGCUUCAGAGACUCUGCUCCGAGCAAUCAGGCAGAAGGUUCUGGUAGUUCAAACCAAAGAAAUUUAGUCCAGGAGCUUCCUGAGAUCGAGAUUAUGCGUGAAGCUGUGCAGAAUUCUGAGCUACAGAACCUUCAGGAAUUGGUUGAUGUGAACAAUGAAGCUGAAUUGCUUCACGAAAGUUCUUUUCCUGCAAAGAACGGAAAAGACAGCCUUUCUCCUAUAAUGGAGGGUGUAGCAUUCUCAGGAGGAGAAUCUUUUCCGAUGCCACCUGUUGCAGAACCUACAACUGUUGCCUCCAUAGAUGAUCCACAUUCACUUGAUGCUGGAAUACCUUUGGGGCAUCCCUUACCUGAUUUGGAGCUUCAACCAUCUCCUCCUGUCCAAGAGCAGAGGAAGAGAAAGAGAAAACAGUUCUAUGAUGAAACGCUGGUGUUGACUAAUGCGGAAAUGAAGAGACAGCUUGAAGACACCUCUCGAUUACUUCGCAAGAGAAGAAGACUCCCUUGUGCGGCCCUAGAUGUGUGGAGGUUUCGUAAGACUCUUCAAAAAGAACGUAUUUUUUAUGAGCCCUUGCUCUCUGGAAUGUGUACCGAUCUCCAAGAAGCCUUUAAGAAAAGCUUUCCUCUUUUAAGUGUUGAUUCUGCCCACGUGGAGGCUUCUCCUGGUCUUCCUCAUGUCUCUUCUCAUAAUGCUUUUCCAGAAGCAGAUAUUGAACUUGAGGUGCCUCGAUUUGAUACCUCUGUGGAAGGAAAUCUGCCUGAGUUAAACCCAUCUCCAUCCAGGAGGGAAGAGCUUACUCCUCUUAAUAAAACUCUUGAUUCGGCUCCAGGUGCUGGCACAGGAAGCGCUUUUGAGACCGAGGUACUGCCGACAUUUGAAAGCACUCUAUCGGCUGGACAAGUGGGCACUGAGCCCCCUGGAACUCCUUUGUUUAAUUUAGAGGAAGAACAACCUUUUGUGAGCAGAGAUGAUAUUCCAGAAAUUCCGGGCCUCUUAAAUUCUGCCGAUGGGGAAGACUUGAAUUUUUUGGAAGCAAGUAGUACGUCAUCAGGUUCUGAUGGAAUGGAUGUAGGAAGCAUGUCUGCCAGGACUAGGGCUGUGGCACAAUAUCUGAAGGAGCACACACCUUCAACUCCUUCAAAAAAUCAGACGGGAAAUAUUAGUUUGAACAAGAUUUUGGAAGGGAAAACCAGAAAGCAAUGUGCGAGAAUGUUCUUUGAAACCUUGGUAUUAAAGAGCUGUGACCUAAUUGAUGUACAACAAGAGGAAGCAUAUGGUGAUAUCCUAAUUUCAGCUAAGCCUGCCCUUUCAGCAGCGAAAUUCUGAAUGGAUACUAUCAGAUGUUUUUGAAGUUAUUUGCACAAAGUUUUGCAGUUUUAUGGUCGUGCUCCGUUGCAGCAGAUGUGUAGCUCAUAAGUCAGAAUGGAUCUCUAACUUAUACCGAUCACCGGAUUCCCUGCUCUUUGGCUGUAUAUUCUCCUGCACCAUCAGUACAUCACAAGUAGCAGUUAUCCUAAUUAUCAGCUAAUUAUGCCAACACAGCUAGUACCAAUGCAUCCUCAUUGUACUUCUUUUUUUUUUUUUUUUUUUUUUUUUUUUGUUUCCUUGUGCUUGUAAAGCGGCUUUGCCAGUUUUGGAGUAUAAAAGACCAUCAUGUAUAUAAGUUAUUGGUUGCGUCUUUCACUAUUGCAAGUACUAAUUUACAUCCUUUACACCAAACUCAGCACUUCUUAGGCUCUGCUAGUGUCUGUGCUAAUCGGCAUGUUUAAAUCCACCAUUGUUUCCAUGGAAAACUGUUGAGGCAAAGUGAGUGAAAUCCAUGUUUAAUCUUCAUGUCCCUUACCUUCUCUCAAAAAAAAAAAAAAA